AUGGGUUCGGUUCUAAACAGAAGAAUAGUUUUCUCACUUAUGUUCUUGAUCAUUAUGAUGGUCUAUGGACAUAAAGCUGAUUCAAAAUGUGUUUUUGAAGCAAUCUUCAGUUUCGGAGACUCGAAUUCCGACACGGGAGGAUUUUGGGCUGCUUUUCCGGCUCAAACCGGUCCAUGGGGAAUGACUUAUUUCAAGAAACCGGUCGGUCGUGCUUCAGACGGCCGUCUCAUCAUUGAUUUUGUGGCUGAAUCUCUUGGAAUGCCUUUCCUAAGCCCAUAUUUGCAAUCUAUUGGAUCGGAUUUUCGACACGGCGCAAACUUUGCAACGUUAGCUUCAACGGUUCUUUUGCCAAACACGUCCUUAUUUGUCUCCGGAAUCAGUCCUUUCUCACUCGCUAUUCAACUAAAUCAAAUGAAACAUUUCAAGGUUAUUGUUGACGAGUCUCAUUCUUCGCACCAACCAGGGUUGAAGACCUUACCGUCUAAGGGUGUGUUCGGGAAAUCGCUAUAUAAGUUUUAUAUUGGACAGAACGAUUUUACAUCCAACUUAGCGACUAUUGGAGUUGAUGGUGUGAAACAGUAUCUUCCACAGGUCAUAGGCCAAAUUGCUGGAACGAUUAAGGAGAUAUAUGGAAUAGAUGGUCGGACGUUUUUGGUAUUAAAUUUAGCACCGGUUGGAUGUUACCCGGCGAUUAUAACCGGUUACACGCAUACCAUUUCGGAUUUAGACAAAUUUGGUUGUCUAAUUCCCAUAAACAAAGCCGUCAAAUAUUACAACGCAUUACUGAAAAAGACAUUAUCCGUAACCAGAACCGAACUAAAAAACGCAACAAUAAUCUACUUAGACACUCACAAAAUAUUGCUCGACCUCAUUCAACACCCCAAAUCCUUUGGUAUGAAACAUGGUAUCAAAGCUUGUUGUGGACACGGUGGUCGUCCGUACAAUUUCGAUCAGAAGUUAUACUGCGGUAACACCAAAGUGAUCGGAAAUUCUUCUGCGACGGCCAAAGCUUGCCGUGAUCCUCAAAGUUACGUGAGUUGGGAUGGAAUUCACGUGACGGAGGCUGCAAACCACCGCAUUUCCAUGGCCAUCCUGGAUGGUUCGAUAUCAUAUCCUCCAUUCACACUUAAUAGCCUAUGUCCGUCUUAUUUAUGA